AUGGCAGAAGAUCUCCCACACAUACGCAACCAUAUCGCCGAUGCCAUCACCACCAGCACUUCCUCCACCCCAUAUGGCACUUCGAACAUUCGCUCCCGAUUGGACGUAGAGCAGCAACUACUUGAUACGGAAGCAUCUAAAGGAGGAGAUAUUGCGAUGGCAGCCACCAACAAAGGAGGCAACACCUACAAUCGCGAUUGUGUGCUGUGUGGUAACUGCGGUAACACGAGCCAUCCCACCAAAGACUGUUUUGGUAAAGGGGGGGUCAUGGAAGGCAAGUGCAACAAAGUCUUGGCGUCUGCCACUGGGAAACCUGGCAGCCUUUGCUAUGACACCAGUGGGCGUGCGUACUUACUCGAUAGUGAGACCAACCAGGCUAUCUACAUGGCUGAACCCUCGCCUUCACCUGCUCCCCCAUCUACCUCUACCGAAUUUGUGGGCCUCGCUAGUGAUUCUAUCACCCCCGCGUUCAUUGGUGAACUGUCUGCGGGUGAAGAGGACGAGUAUACAACACUUCUCGCUGCCGUUGACUCUUUCAACACCAAUCUUGACUGGCAAAACUGCACGCACCUCGUCGACUUUGCCGGAUUAACUUACCGCGCGCCCAAUCAACGUCAAUGCACCAUCAUGGACCCCUCCAUCAUACCUUUCUUCCUCGACAGUGGAGCUUCCAUCCAUAUCAUCAAUGGCAUCAGCGGUUCAUCAAUCCAGGCUAUCGGCAUAGGCACCCUCCGCCUUGUUGUAGCUCGCAGCAUCCACAUCACUCUGGAAAAUGUGCUUUUCAUUCCUGCUGCUAUGGUACAGCUCGUUUCCGUUUCCGCCCUCUGUGCGGCACAUAGGUGUGUUGUGUCCUUUGAUGCCACCAACUGUUGGGUCCAAGCCCACAGUGGCACCAGGAUGCUUUCGGGUACUCUGACGUCCAGACGUCUCUAUGCGCUCUCCGGCGGGCAACUUUCGGCUGAACACGCCCUCCUAACCCACCAAGUCCCCACUCUCCAAUCCUGGCAUUGCCACCUCGGACACGUGAACUAUUGUGUGGUCUAUGACCUCGCACGCUCUGGUAACACGAUCAACGAGGACCACCAUCCCAAAGACAUGCGCGGGAAGUAG